ACAUCUGCAUUUUGACUGUAUCGUUAUACAAAUAUAUACAUUAUUUGUUAAUUGUUCGUGAUGACUAAAAAGUUGUUGUGAAUCAUCUUUUAUUAUAGUUUUUUUCUUAAUAAUUUGUACUGUGCCUUAUUCCUGAUAAAAUCGAAAAUGUUUUCUAGUUCUCCUAAUUACACAAAGUUGAAAACGCAUCUACGUUUAGCAAUAAAUAGAUUAAAAUUGCUAGAAAAAAAGAAAACUGAGCUUACACAAAAAGCAAGAAAAGAAAUAGCUGACUACUUACAAGCUGGUAAAAUUGAAAGAGCUAAAAUAAGAGUAGAACACAUUAUAAGAGAAGAUUAUCUGGUUGAAGCAAUGGAAGUGGUUGAAAUGUAUUGUGAUCUUGUUCUUGCCAGAUUUGGCUUAAUAACACAGAUGAACACCCUAGAUGAAGGAAUUGCUGAAGCAGUUUCUAGUUUAAUAUGGGUGUCUCCACGGUUACAAAGUGAUGUUGCUGAAUUAAAAGUGAUAAGUGAUUUAUUGGCUGCUAAAUAUGGGAAACCUUAUGGUGAUGCAUGCCGUGCAGAAGCUGUUGCAACAAUAAGUGAAAAGUUGAAACAUAAAUUAUCAAUCCAAACUCCACCUAAAUUAUUGGUAGAAAAAUAUUUAAUAGAGAUAGCAAAAAUAUACAAUAUAGAAUAUGAACCUGAUCCACAAGUCAUGCAAGAAGAAAAAGGUCGAGAUGCAAUGUUGAUAGAUCUAAGUGACAAAAAUAAUUUAGGAAUGCCCCAACCACCUGGAUUUGUAGGCUACCCUCAACCUCCUAUGGCACCUUUUUCUUACCCACCUUUAAUGCCUCAUGACCAAAAGACAGCUAGUGCAAGUGCUCCACCUAACAAUUUACCCUUUGGAACACCCUUUUCUUAUAAUAUUCCACCUGGUGCAGAAUCAAAAGAGUCAAAUACCACCUACAAUGAUGAUAUCCCUCCUUCUUAUAGCAUGGUUUCCCCAGAUGAUAACAUUCAGAGUAAACAGCAAGAACCUAAACCAGCUCCAAGGUCAAAAAUUCCUGGUAAUUUCUCAGAUUUACCAGAAUUGCCAUCAGUACCAAGUGACAAUUCUUUAGAUGGCGCAAAAACAGGAGGGGAUGACAUCGAUUUUGAUGAUUUAACACGUAGAUUUGAAGAAUUAAAGAAGAGAAAGUAAAUAAGCGAUUUAAAAAAGGUAGGAUGAAUUAUCUAAUUUGUAUACUACAUUAUAAUAUGAAUCUACUACGCUCAUUAAAGGCUUUAUAUUUCAACAGUAAGCCAAUCAAGCUAAAAAUUUAAUCAAAAGAACAUUUGCAGUGCUAUGGUAUAUUGUACGUAGACUACAUAAUGUAGCGUUUCUUUAACGGCACUUGUUUUAAAAAGUAUUACACUACUUUUAUGUAAAGUUCACUUAAUAUAUAUAUUUUAUAUCAUAAUAAUAAUUAUUUAUUACAUAGAUAAUCUUGAGAAAAGCCCCUUAUAUUAUGUAUUGUCGCUCAUAUUUUAGAAUUUUUAAAUUACAAAUUAAAAUAAACAAAAUUAAAGGAUUUAUGAUUUGUAACUUCCAAAUAUAAUGGAUUUAUUCUUACUACUUACAAUCAGAUCAUUUUAAUAAAAUAGCCUUUUUUUCUUACA